AUGAUUACCGAUGAUAAGGAUAAUCUCCGCAAAGCAGAACGGGAGGGUGUUACGGCUGUGUCGUUGUCCGAUUAUGUGUCUGGACUUGAGGAUUCGGAUAGGUUGCUUGACAUGAUCAACGAAGCUAAGGCCGUUCAUGAUUCGAGGCCGACGAUGGGUGAAACGUUCUACCCCGAGUAUUACUCUAUGUCAAAAGUGAUGACUGGUCUUCGUGCGGGAACCCUUCAUCAGGGCAUUUUCAAUGUUUCCCCUUACAAUUAUCUCGAGGGGUCGGUGCAGGUAGCAGCAUUUGACAAGUCCCUUCUAAUACUUGGUCGGGACAACAGCAAUCGGGCGAUUGCAGGAGAUAUAGUGGUAGUCGAAGUCCUUCCGAAAGAUCAAUGGAAAGCUCCGUUGACAAAAAUCAUUGAUGAGGAGACAGUCACUAAAGAUGAAAAUGCUGAAUAUGACGAGAAAGAAGUUGUGGUUUCGGAAAAGGAGAGAAGAGCAUUACAGGAAGAAGUUAGAAGAGCUCACGGAAAGACCUCGGAGGGAAGACCCCAGCCAACAGCUCGUGUGGUAGGAAUAGUCAAGAGGAAUUGGCGCCAGUAUGUUGGAAACAUCGACAAGAUAUCCACAGCGUCCCAGGUCCAAUCUAGCAGACGACAACAAACCGUCUUUGUCAUACCCAUGGAUAAACGGAUACCUAAAAUUCGGAUACGCACGAGACAGGCACAAGAUCUUUUUGGUCAAAGGAUACUCGUUACAGUUGAUGCGUGGAAUCGCGAUUCCAGAUACCCAACUGGUCAUUUUGUACGAUCUUUAGGAGAGUUGGAAACUAAGGGUGCCGAGACAGAAGCUCUUCUUCUCGAGUAUGAUGUUCAAUAUAGACCGUUCCCACAAGUGGUUCUUGACUGCCUUCCCCCGGAGGGCCAUAGCUGGAAGGUUCCGCAAAAUAUGGAUGAUCCUGGUUGGCGCGAUCGUAAAGACCUACGAGAUUUACUGGUGUGCAGUAUCGACCCCCCAGGCUGUCAGGAUAUAGAUGAUGCACUCCAUGCUCGGCCACUCCCUAACGGAAAUUUUGAGAUCGGUGUCCAUAUCGCCGAUGUCUCUCAUUUUGUCAAGCCAAAUACCCCUAUGGAUACCGAAGCGAGCAUGCGAGGCACGACAGUAUAUCUCGUGGACAAACGCAUCGAUAUGUUACCUAUGCUUUUGGGAACCGAUCUCUGCUCACUAAAGCCCCAUGUCCCACGAUAUGCCUUCUCCACCAUCUGGGAAAUGACUCCUUCUGCUGAAGUUGUGUCCUCAAUUUGUACAAAAUCUGUUAUUUUAUCCAGAGAAGCUUUCAGCUACGAACAAGCCCAAUUACGUAUUGACGAUAAAUCAAAAACAGAUGAUUAA